UUUUCCAAGGAGAAAUACAUCCUCGACUCGUCACCGGAGAAGCUUCAUAAGGAGCUGGAAGAGGAGCUGAAGCUGAGCAGCACCGACCUGCGCAGCCACGCUUGGUACCACGGCCGCAUCCCCCGGGAGGUGUCGGAGAGCCUCGUGCAGCGGAAUGGCGACUUCCUCAUCCGCGACUCGCUCACCAGCCUGGGUGACUACGUGCUGACGUGUCGCUGGCGCAACGAGCCCCUCCACUUCAAGAUCAACAAGGUGACGGUCAAGUCCAGCGAGGGCCAUACCCGCGUCCAGUACCUCUUUGAGCAGGAGAGCUUUGACAACGUGCCUGCCCUCGUCCGCUUCUACGUGGGCAACCGCAAGGCCAUCUCUGAGCAGAGCGGAGCCAUCGUCUACUGCCCCAUCAACCGCACCUUCCCGCUGCGCUACCUGGAAGCCAGCUACGGGCUGGCCAACGGCAAGCAUGGGGGAUCCCACAGCCCCGCCACCCAGAAAGGGGGGCACAUCAAGAGGAGGAGCAUCACCAUGACAGACGGCCUGACAGCAGACAAGAUCACCAGGGCUGAGGGGUGCCCGACCAGCGUGUCCCUGCCCCACCACAGAGACAUCAUUCGCAACUGCGCCGUCAGCGUGGACCAGAUCCAAGACCUGCACUCCCCGAUGUCCCCCAUCUCCGAGAACCCAGCGUCGCCCGCCUACAGCACGGUUACACGGCUAAAGCCACAUGCCUGCCAAGCCACUGGGAUUGUCCCGGCCUCUCCAGUCAUAAGAAGGUCCAGCGAGCCCCAGCUGUGCCCGGGGACCAACAGCAAACCUCUGCCAGACCCUGCCCACAGCACCCACUCCACUCCCUGCCACGGCUAUGCCCGUGCCUCCCCCUCUCCCUCUGUGAACAGCUACAGCGACCCGGACACGGGGCAUUACUACCAGCUCCACCCCACCUCGCCCGUCAGCAGAGACCGGCCAGCUCGUGACACCAAGCAGCCGCCAACAAAGAGCUACGUGGAGAGGCUAAAGGUGGAGGAAGGACAGAGAGGGACUGUGGAGAAGGGCUCCGGGGAAGCAGAGGCAGGGCAGAGGCUGAAAGGAGAGCUGGACUUUGUGGGCUUUGUGCCCCCCACCAUGGAGAUGACCUCCUCCUUCAACCCUGCAGCCUUCCAGUCCUUGCUAAUCCCCCUGGAGAACAAACCUCUGGAGAUGGCCGUGCUCAAGAAGGUCAAAGAGCUGCUGGCAGAGGUGGACGUGAAGACGCUGGCCAAAUUUUUUUUGGACUGCCUGGUCGCCCGGAUAUUGGGUGUGACGGUGGAGAU